UUCCAAUCCCCUCCCAAUCAUGUGAUUCAGGUGUUCCAAUCCCCUCCCAAUCAUGUGAUUCAGGUGUCCCAAUCCCCUCCAUGGACACAGGUGUAUACAAUCAUCCCCUAGGCAUGCAGACGGCUUCUACAAACAUUGGUGAAAGAAUGGGUCGCUCUCAGGAGCUCAGUGACUCCAAGCGUGGUCCCGUGAUAGGUGGCCACCUGGGCAAUAAGUCCAUCCGUAACAUUUCCUGGCUACUAAAUAUUCCACGCUCAACUGUUAGUGGGAUUAUAACAAAGUGGAAGCCGCUGGGAACAACAGGAACUCAGCCA